CUUCAUCUUCUUCCUCCUCGGGCCCUACCGUUGCUCUCGCGCCAGUCCUAUCCGUGGCCUGCAGCAGUGUCCCUUGCCGUCGCAACCCAUGUCGCUGUCGCCGUCUCAGUCGCCGUUUUCCUUCAGCUUCAGUCGUAAGGUUCAGUUUUCCUGUCUGCAGCUGUGAGCAGAGUAGUAUCCCAAAACUGGCUUGUAUUUUCCAGCUAGAGCAUGAUGAAAGUUCUUGCUGAAAAUAUCGUAGGCAAUAUUGAGUUCAAUUCUCGGAAUGGAUCUCCAAGUUUGGGAGCUGGCAAUGAUGAUAGUAAUGCAUUAUUAUUGCUGGCUAAGACAGGGAAGAAAAGGAAAGGCAUGAAUCAGGUAUGUGUAGAAAUCAAUUCAAGCAAGAAACAAAAGUUGAGCAAAUCUCAGAAAAGGAAGCUGAAGAAGUUAGAGGAUGAGAAGGAGAAAGAACUGCUACUGAAGAGAAGCAUUGAGACAUUAAACAAAUUCAAGAUUCCAGAGUAUGCGUAUUCUCUUUUGCAGUCUGCACGGAAUGUGAAUCAGACUGAAACUGUGCUAGAGAGACGAAGGAGAGCUGUGCACUUAUUGAAAGAAGGGUUGGAGGCUGUGCUUAGCCAUGAUCUGUCCAGUUUUCUGGAUGUUCCACAAAGAAUUGAACAUGAGACAGAAGAAAUUCGUAUGCCACUGGAAACUGAAGAAAAUGAUAAAAUCCAACCAGCUGGAUUUGACAGAGAACUCUUAUGUGAACCUUGUGCUCCUUUGGGGUCCUCUCAGGAACCUGCUUUUGGUGAUAAACAUGUCAAAAAUAAUGGACCUCUUGCUGUGUCUCUUGGUGAUGUCUCCGUUAAUGAGAAAGCUACUUCACUAUUGCUCGAUAAUAUAACUCAUUGUCCUGAUAGAGCCAAACUUGUUGAUGGGAGUAUAAGAGCGGAGUUCAAGGACAUGACAUGUGAGGUCUCUAGAACCAAUCUCAGUGAACUGAGCAACCUUAGUGAUUCCUCUGCUGCAACUACCCCUACUGUUGUGCAUGUACAUAGACCAGUUGAGGUUCAAGACAAAAGAAAGGAUCUCCCAAUAGUCAUGAUGGAGCAAGAGAUUAUGGAAGCCAUAAGAUAUCAUUCUUGUGUUAUCAUAUGCGGAGAAACUGGAUGUGGUAAAACAACUCAAGUUCCUCAAUUUCUUUAUGAAGCUGGUUAUGGUUCAAGCAAGUCCAGAGUUCACAGUGGUAUUAUUGGUGUUACUCAACCACGCCGAGUUGCUGUUCUUGCAACAUCAAAGCGUGUGGCAUAUGAGCUUGGUCUUCAUCUCGGAAAGGAGGUUGGCUUUCAAGUUAGAUAUGACAAGAAAAUCAGUGAUAAUUGUUCUGUCAAGUUUAUGACUGAUGGAAUUUUACUGCAGGAAGUUCAGAAUGAUCUUUUGUUGAGGCGUUACUCUGUCAUAGUGCUUGACGAGGUUCAUGAGAGGAGCUUGAACACAUAUAUUUUGAUUGGGAUGCUGUCAGGUGUUAUUGGGUGUCGACAAAAGGAAUACAUGGAACAGCAAAAGAGGAUGCUUUCAGGAGAAAGCAUAGAUCCUAAUGAUAUGAUUUUUCCGUUAAAGCUUGUGCUGAUGAGUUCCACUUUGAGAGUUGAAGACUUUACUUCUAAAAGGUUAUUCCUUACACCACCCCCUGUUAUAGAAAUUCCUACAAGACAAUUUCCUGUAACAUUACACUUUUCAAAGAAGACAGAGAUUGUUGAUUAUAUUGGGCAAGCAUAUAAAAAUGUCUUGGCAAUUCACAAGAGACUUCCACCUGGUGGUAUACUUGUCUUUGUCACUGGGCAAAGGGAAGUAGAGUACUUGUGCAGGAAGCUACGCAAUGCUUCAAGGGAGUUGAUCUUGAAUGCAUCUGUAGAAAAUCAUGGCACUGCAGUACCUGGAACAAAUUCUGCUGAGGGAAUAGAUAACAAGGAGAUAAAUGAAGUAUAUGAGAUCCAAGGGAGUUCAGCCACCCAACAAACUGAUAGGUUUAGUGCUUAUGAUGAAGAUGAGCAAGAUGCAUGUGGGGAUAAAUCAGAUUUUUCAUCUAAUUUGGAAACUGAGAGUGAUUUGGAAUUUGAUGUAGAUGAUAAUUUUGAACAUUCAGAGAAAAAUGAUGAUUUUGUGAAUGUCUUAGGAGAGCAAGGGAACCUUGCUCCAUUAAAGGCAGCCUUUGAAGCAUUGUCAGGUAAAGCACCAUCAAGCUCCCAUUCUGGUGGGGAGCAGACUCUUUUCGUGAAAAAGGAAGGGGCUUUAGAUCAAUCAAAAAUUUACAAGGAGAAGAGGGCUAGAGAGGAUUCUCCAGUUUCACUUUUUGUUUUACCACUUUAUGCUAUGCUUCCUGCAGCUGCUCAACUUCGCAUCUUUGAAGAAAUCAACAGGGGAGAGCGUCUUGUUGUAGUUUCCACAAAUGUUGCUGAAACCUCUUUAAUAAUCCCAGGGAUAAAGUAUGUGGUGGAUACUGGAAGGGAAAAAGUGAAGAAUUACAACUCCUUUAAUGGCAUGGAAACAUAUGAAGUGCAAUGGAUAAGCAAGGCAUCUGCUGCUCAGCGUGCUGGAAGAGCUGGAAGAACUGGACCUGGCCAUUGUUACCGUCUUUAUUCUUCUGCAGUCUUUAACAAUAUACUCCCUGACUUCUCUCUUGCUGAAGUUUCUAAAGUACCUAUUCAUGGUGUGGUUCUUUUGUUAAAAUCUAUGCUUUUUAAGGAUAAGGAGGUUAGAAAGUUUCCAUUUCCUACUCCUCCUAGUGAUGCUGCACUGGAUGAAGCACAGAAUUGCUUAAUUGCUCUUGAAGCACUUGAUGUUGACAAGCAUGAACUCACAUCGUUGGGGAAAGUCAUGGCACUUUAUCCCUUGACUCCUCGUCACUCCAAAAUGCUCCUUACUGUUAUUAGAUUGACAAGGAGCAAGUAUAAAUGCAAACGACCAGAACUACUUUUGGCAUAUGCAGUUGCAGCUGCUGCAGCAUUGAGCCUAUCAAAUCCUUUCACAAUGCACUUUGAAGAAAAUGAUGGUAAAGGAGACUCAAAGAUGCACAAGAAAUCUAGCACGGUGGACAGUGAGGAAGUCACUGGCAAGGAAGAACAAUUAAGGAGAAAGAAACUAAAAGAAAAUGCGAAAGUUUCUCGUGAAAAAUUCCAUGUUAUGUCUAGCGAUGCCCUGACAAUAGCUUAUGCUUUGCACUGUUUUGAAUAUUCACAGAAGCCUAUAGAAUUUUGUGAUGAAAAUGCAUUGCACCUCAAAACCAUGGAGGAGAUGUCCAAGCUCAGGCAACAGCUACUUAAACUUGUCUUCUAUCAGAGUGCUGUUUGUGGUUUUGAACAUGAGUACUCAUGGAUUCAUGGAACCUUGGAGGACACAGAACAUGCCUGGCAGGUAUCUUGUGAAAAAUAUCCUCUUUUGCUGGAUGAGGAACGGAUCAUCUGUGAAGCAAUCUGUGCUGGUUGGGUAGACAGGGUUGCCAAACGUAUCAAAGGGUCUUCUGGGACCUCGGAUUGCAGCACAAGGGUUCCUGCUAUUAGGUAUCAAGCAUGCAUGCAUGAAGAUAGUGUUUUCCUUCAUCGUUGGUCAUCAGUUUCUAUUGCAGCCCCUGAGUUCUUGGUUUAUAAUGAAUUAUUAUAUGCAAAGAGACCAUACAUGCAUGGAGUAACAUGUGUGGAGCCAGCUUGGCUUGUUGAGCAUGCCAAGUCUUCAUGUGAAUUCUCUGCACCCCUAAUGGAUCCCAGGCCUUUCUAUGAUAUCCGGACUGACCAAGUGAAAUGUUGGGUCAAUCCAACCUUUGGGCGUUUCUGUUGGAAGCUUCCAAAGUGUCAGUUGCCAAUUAGUAAUAAUGAUCUUAGGAUGCAAGUGUUUGCCUACACUUUGCUUGUCGGUCAGGUCUGUCCAUGUUUAAAAUCUGUAUGAAGAUAUAUGGCGGCCCCGCCUGAAAGCAUUUUGAAGAGGGAAGCAUUUUGUCAGAAAAGGGUGGUAAAUCUCUUGAGCAAGUUAAAGAGUAGGUUGGUUGAUGGCUCUGCUAUGUUAAGAAUAGUAUGGGAGGAGAAUCCUAGGGAAUUUUAUACAGAAAUUAUGGAUUGGUUUCAGCAGAGUUUUCACAAGAACUUCAACGGUUUAUGGUUACAAAUGCUUGGUGAAGUAGGAGACAAAAGAAUCCUCCUUGUCUACAAGGUUUAAAGGAAAAAAAUCAUGUAAAUGAUUGCUCCAUGGUUAAGGGAAGCAUAUUAAAUUCUUGCACUGGAUCAGCUGGGAAAUGGUUCAAGCUUUAACAAUUUUGAGCCUGCUUUAUAGGCUCUCACUCUACAGUUGGGUGAUCAAGUUGAUGCUUUUCUGUAUUUCAGCAUUGAGUAAACAUCAGGGGCAAAACAGUAUUUGACAUGCAUGUAGCUACUUCUAUGGCUGUGAUACUGGCUGAGCCAUUUAUCAUCUGUAGAAAUGUAAGAGCAUUUCUGAUACAAAGCACUGGACAACAUCGGGAGGGAAUAGGUUCAUUAUUUCCUCCACAAUUUUGAUAGAACCAAGGUGAAUACAUUCUUCUUUUCUUGUCCUUCCAAUGAUAUUUUUUACAAGGUGAAGGCAAGAGCCUCUCAUUAUCCAACGUAUAGGCAAAGGUUUUAAUUUUUAAUACUUACUGCAACAAUUUUGGAUGCUGCCCAGCAAAAUGCUGCCGUGAUGGCGAUUCUUUUGUAACAUUAUCAGCCUCUUACAAUGCUAUAUAGAAGAUUUAGACAUAGAACCUUGAAUAUUACAUUGGCGUAAAUUCUGCCAAAAAAAAAGAGAUUGGAUGAAUUGAUAUCAAAUGAAUUUUCGUCUUGUGGGUG